GUCUUAAUUGCUUAAUCCUUCCUUUCCAUUUUCCCAUGUUUCCAGACUGUUGAAACAUUUUUAACUUUAUAGUUGCUUUACAAGUCAAUCUAUUAACUUUUUUUCCUUGUAUAAGCGACGUAGUUUGCAUUUAUAUAUAAAGAUGUCAGAAUUAUCUCCUAAGCAAAGGAAAUCAUUAAUCGCACCGAUAGUUCGCAACCCUUUUGUCCAUCCUGGUCUUAAUAUAGGAAUAUGUAGAGUUUUGGAGUUUAUUCUGGUGGGGAUAUUUCUAUUACCAUUUCGUUUACUACUGCUAAUAUUUUGCGUCUUAUUGGCUGCUUUAUUAAGCAGUUGUGGCUUAUGUUGUCAAUCUGGAGGAGAUAAUGAUGAGCCUUUAGGCGGAUGUGCAAAGGCCAUGAAAGGACCUGUUCGCAUCUUAGUUCGCAUAAUUUUAUUUGCUUUUGGAUUUCACUGGGUCAAAGUAAAAGGCAAGAUAGCAAGACCAGAAGAAGCACCUUUAAUCGUCCUUGCUCCUCAUACUUCGUUUAUGGAUAUAUUUAUGCUUUCAACCGUUCGUCUCGUCUCUGGUGUAUCAAGAAAAGAAAAUAAAUCAAUCCCAAUCAUUGGAUGCCCAUUUAUUCCGGGUCGUUCAGUCCAGCCUGUCGUUAUUAGAUACAACAAUCAUAUGGAUACUUAUUCUUGGGUUCCUUCAGGUCCAAAAGCAUCAACGCUAUUUUGGUUAAUAUUGUUAAGAUUACAUCAUAGUGUGGAAAUUGAGUUUCUGCCCGUUUACCAUCCUAACGAAGAGGAACAACAAAAUUCGCGAAUUUUCGCUGCUAACGUAAGACGGGCAAUGGCAAGUGCAUUAAACGUGCCUAUUACCGAUCAUACUUACGAAGACUGCCAAUUGAUGGUAGCUGCUGCUGAUAUUAAUUUACCAAGAAAUGCUGGAGUCAUUGAAUAUCGUAAAAUUAACGAUAAAUUAAGUUUGGAUAUUAAAUCUGUAAAAGAGUUGCUUAAGCGAUUUUCUGAAAUUGAUAAAAAUGGCGAUGGUCUUGUGAAUGAAGAAGAAUUUAGUCAGUUCUUGAAUCUUCCACCUUGCAAAGAGGUCUCACAGUUAUUUAAUCUAUACGAUCAGGACGAUGAUGGCUGCAUUGAUUUUAGGGAAUAUCUUAUUGGUUUAAUUUUGGUAUCUAAACCAGCCGGUUCAGAUAAUACAUUGCAAAUAGCUUUUCAGACUUUAGAUGUUGAAGGCAACGGAAAAAUUAGUAAAGAAUCUAUGAAAACAAUUAUGACACGUAGCUAUCCACAUAUUUCCAAUGAAAAUGUUGAGGAACUUUAUAAGCAGAUUGAUGUUGAUAAUCAAGGUUAUGUCACUUACGAUAAUUUGCAAGUCUUUUUCCAAAAGAAUCCAGAGCAUGCUAAAAUAUUUUCAAUACGAAAUGAAAGCGUUCUAGCUAAGAUUAAUGCUAAAAAACAAGCGGAAAUUAUUGCCAGUAUUGCAGCAGCUGAUGAUAAUCUUGACUUAACACAUCCUAAUGUGAUCAUAGAAGGAGCUUUUUAA